GUAGGUUUUUAUGGCAAGGAGGUUUUGCCAAAUCCAGUGCAUUUGCAAUAAUGCUUUGGACGCAGCCUGCGUGUCUUCUCUCACUGAUUUUUUCUGCCCACGUAGCAGCUGUAUCGAUUAAGCAUCUUUUGGAUGGACAUGACCAUGAUGUAGAUGUUGGGGAACAGAAGGAUAUUUCAGAAAUCAACUUAGCUGCAGGCCUGAACCUCUUUCAAGGGGACAUCCUUCUGCCUAGAACCAGAAAUGCCCUGAGAGAUCCGAAAAGCAGAUGGAAGUUCCCCAUUCCAUACAUUCUGGCUGACAAUCUGGAUCUGAACGCCAAAGGAGCCAUCCUCAACGCCUUUGAGAUGUUCCGCCUCAAGUCUUGUGUGGAUUUCAAGCCCUAUGAAGGGGAGAGCUCGUACAUCAUUUUCCAGAAAUUUUCUGGGUGCUGGUCUAUGGUUGGUGAUCAACAUGUGGGACAGAACAUUUCCAUUGGCGAGAGGUGUGACUAUAAGGGCAUCAUUGAACAUGAGAUCCUGCAUGCUCUGGGAUUCUUCCACGAGCAGUCAAGGACUGACCGGGAUGAUUAUGUGAACAUUUGGUGGGAUGAAAUCAUUACAGACUAUGAACAUAACUUCGAAACAUAUGACGACAAUACCAUCACAGACCUCAACACACCCUAUGAUUAUGAGUCCUUGAUGCACUAUGAGCCAUUUUCAUUUAACAAGAAUGAAAGCAUCCCAACCAUCACUACCAAGAUCCCUGAGUUUAAUGCCAUCAUUGGACAGCGCCUGGAUUUCAGUGCCCUUGAUUUAGUGAGACUGAAUCGGAUGUACAACUGCACCACAACACAUACCCUGUUGGACCACUGUGACUUUGAGAAGACCAACAUCUGCGGAAUGAUCCAGGGGACCAGAGCUGAUGCUGACUGGGUUCGUGGGGAUAGCAGUCAGCCUGGACAAGUGGAUCACACCUUGGUGGGACAGUGUCAAGGUGCCGGCUACUUCAUGUCCUUCAAUACCAGCUCAGGGGUAACAGGAGAGGUAGCCCUUCUGGAGUCGCGGAUCCUUUACCCCAAGAGGAAGCAGCAAUGUUUGCAGUUUUUUUAUAAGAUGACAGGAAGCCCUGCAGACAGAUUCGAAGUCUGGGUGAGAAGGGAUGACAACUCGGGCAAGGUGCGCCAACUGGCCAAGAUCCAGACCUUUCAAGGAGAUUCUGAUCACAACUGGAAAAUUGCUCACGUGACACUCAAUGAAGAAAAGAAAUUUCGAUAUGUUUUCCUGGGUGCCAAAGGUGACCCUGGUAACUCAGACGGCAGUAUUUACCUUGAUGACAUCACUCUGACAGAAACCCCCUGCCCCACAGGGGUUUGGACCAUCCGGAAUAUCUCCCAGGUCCUUGAGAACACAGUGAAAGGGGAGAAGCUCCUGAGCCCUAGGUUCUACAAUUCUGAGGGUUAUGGUGUGGGGGUGACCUUGUACCCCAACGGUAGAAUCACCAGUUAUGAUGGCUACCUGGGACUUGCUUUCCACUUGUACAGUGGGGAUAACGAUGCGAUUCUGGAGUGGCCAGUGGAAAACAGACAGGCCAUAAUGACCAUAAUGGACCAGGAACCUGAUGCCAGGAACAGGAUGUCCCUGAGCUUGAUGUUCACUACCUCCAAGUACCAAACAUCUUCAGCUAUAAAUGGCUCUGUCAUCUGGGACAGGCCAUCCAAGGUGGGAGUCUAUGAUAAGGACUGUGAUUGUUUUAGAAGCAUUGACUGGGGCUGGGGUCAGGCCAUCUCCCACCAGCUGCUGAUGAGAAGAAAGUUUCUUAAAGAUGACACCCUCAUCAUCUUCGUGGACUUUAAAGACCUCACCCACCUGAGCAAGACUGAAGUCCCUACUUCAGGCAGAAGCAUGAUGCCCCGAGGUCUCCUUCUGCAAAGCCAGGAGCCUCUUGCCUUGGGAGAAAGCUCCAGAAAAGCCAUGAUGGAGGAAUCCCUGCCAAGAAGCCUGGGCCAGAGAGAGCCCAACAGACAGAAGCGAUCAGUGGAGAAUACCGGCCCCAUGGAGGACCACAACUGGCCACAGUACUUCAGAGAUCCCUGUGACCCAAACCCUUGCCAGAAUGAAGGCACCUGUGUGAACGUAAAGGGAAUGGCCAGCUGCAGGUGCGUCUCUGGGCACACCUUUUUCUACACAGGGGAGCGGUGUCAGGCCAUGCAUGUACAUGGCAGCUUGCUGGGCCUGCUCAUUGGCUGCAUCUCUGGUUUGAUCUUCUUGACCUUUGUCACAUUCUCCCACACUUACCAAAAGCUGACGCAGUGAGCAGCGACCUGCUGAUGUCCACCAGACUGCAGAAGUGCCUCUUUCACCCACACUUUCCUUCCUGUGGUCAGUGUACUUUGAGAUAGUUUUAACUAAACAUAUUUGAAAGGGCCUCCCAAAUCAAAGCCCCAAACCUCAUGUGGGGCUCUUGCUACUCCAUCCCUGUACAGUUCUGCUAUCCUUCUGUGAAUUCCUGUUGAAACCAUUUCGUCCUAAGACAGCAGCCAUCACAUUUCAUUAUAAACACUUUGCUUACUUAACUUUCUCCCAUUAAAUCACAAAGUCUAGUUGUGUAGGGGCAUACGUUGUCCUCAGCUACCACACUGACCCCAGUGCUAGAAGCAUGCCUGACUGGUGUAUUGUGGGUACUCAAUAAGCAUUAAAUGAGUGAACCAAUAAGUGAGUGAAUAGCUAUGGUAUAAUAAGUAUUUUGUUUCUACUUUGUAUCAUAAAACAUAUGAUUAAGUUUAUAUGCACACGUAUUAGAACUGAAUACUCAGAUUUCACCAGAUGCAGGAGUCUUAUCCCUCAUGUAGUAUCUUGUGAAAUGAUUUUACAGAUUUCUCUGGUCAGCUGUGUUUCCAUAGCGUGUACUUUUUUCUUGCUCUAGUUUUAAGGAAAAAGCUUAAUAAAACAACUAAAGAUGCAA